GCCGGUUCCGGUGCUGGUUUGCCGGGGAGAGAAAGAAGAAAAGGCGGCGGAGCGCGCUGAGCUUGAGGCGGCUCGCCGCGCCAUGGGGGGCUGGAGGCUGUUGGCCCGCGCAGCCGAGGGGCUGUGGGCCCGGGCCGGCGGGGGCUGCGGGUCACACUUCAGCCUUAUUGUGAGAAGCACCCAUGGGGCCAGUGAUACCUGGUGGCAUGAACAUCUGUCUGAAGAAAAUUACGAGUUUCUUAAACAGUUAACUGCUGAAGAGUAUAAGGCCCAAACAGCAAGUAAACUGUGUCCUCUGAAAGAUGAACCAUGGCCCAUACAUCCUUGGGAGCCAGGUUCCUCAAGAGUUGGUCUUAUUGCAGCAAAAUUGGGCAUGAUGCCUUUAUGGACCAAGGAUGGUAAAAAAUAUGUUGUCACGUUACUUCAGGUACAAGACUGUCAUGUCCUAAAAUAUACCCCAAAGGAAGAAAGUCAGAGGACUCGAGGAACCCUAAUAGUAGGAGGAAGGAAUGUAUCCCAUUUCUCUAAAUCUGAAUCGUUAAUGAAAAUGUACAGAGACGUUGGCGUGCCGCCAAAACAGAAAUUCUCAUCAUUUCCUGUGACCGAUAAUGCUAUAAUUAAACCAGGCACUCCUCUGUAUGCUGCUCACUUCCGCCCUGGACAGUACGUGGAUGUCACAGCCAAAACGAUUGGCAAAGGUUUUCAAGGAGUCAUGAAAAGGUGGGGAUUUAAAGGACAGCCCGCCACUCAUGGUCAGACCAAAACCCACAGAAGACCUGGAGCAAUAGCCACUGGGGACAUUGCCAGAGUUUGGCCUGGAAAGAAAAUGCCGGGCAAAAUGGGUAACAUCUAUCGAACAGAAUUUGGACUAAAGGUGUGGAGAGUCAACACAAAACACAACAUAAUCUACGUGAAUGGUUCUGUGCCUGGACAUAAGAAUUGCUUAGUAAAGAUCCGGGAUUCUUCCCUGCCUUCCUAUAAAGACUACGCCAAAAAUUUACCAUUCCCUACCUAUUUUCCUGAUGAUGAAAAUGGAGAGGAACUACCAGAAGAUUUAUAUGCUGAGGAUGUCUGUCAGCCCAGUGACCCUUCUAUCGUAUACACUUAACAUCCCUGCACAUGGCGGACUCUCAUUCUCUCUGGACAUCACAGAGCUAUAACAAUGAGCCAGUGACCCAUCCCCCCCACCCCUUUUUCUCACUAGAAGCACACUGGGCCUUUUGUGUCAAGUGAACGACUCAACUUGGACUGUUAAAUCAUGGUAUUAAGCAGAGAUGAUUGAUGGUUGAAUUUUAAGCUGAGCAGCAAUUUGCAUAUUAAAAAAUCAUUUUUUAUAAUAA